UAGUCACCAGUGCGAGAGAUCAGAUGUGUUCAGCACAUGAUGGGAAAUGUCCUGAAGGCAAGUUUCAAAAGAGCAUAGAGCAAACCUCAGUACCAGAGCUCAUUAAUGAAACUUCCAGUGCGUGCUCCAUUUAACUGCGCUGUGUGUGUGCGUGUGUGUGUAUGUUCUGGACCGAGCGACGCUGGCUGGCAGGCAGUCGACGGUGACGGCGAGCUGCCUCUGUGGUGAAAAGCAGCGGUGGACGGUGAAAGUGAAACGACGGCUUCGUGACUGUAAAAGGCACCGCGCGGGCAGUCCUCACACAGACGGACACCAGAGGGAGAGAGGCCCCGGGUCUUGCUUCGAGGCAGCAGCACUUGAGCACACGCAGCCAUGGCUAACAUCGCGGUCCAAAGGAUCAAGCGGGAGUUCAAAGAAGUUCUCAAAAGCGAAGAGACAAGUAAAAACCAGAUAAAAGUAGAUUUGGUGGAUGAGAACUUUACAGAACUGAGGGGGGAGAUAGCAGGUCCUCCAGAUACACCCUAUGAAGGUGGCAGAUAUCAGCUUGAAAUAAAAAUCCCAGAAACCUAUCCUUUUAACCCGCCAAAGGUGCGUUUCAUCACUAAGAUCUGGCACCCUAAUAUCAGUUCUGUGACAGGAGCAAUAUGUCUGGACAUUUUAAAAGACCAGUGGGCAGCUGCUAUGACCCUGCGGACGGUGCUGUUGUCUCUACAGGCUCUCCUCGCUGCAGCAGAACCAGAUGAUCCACAGGAUGCAGUAGUAGCAAACCAGUAUAAGCAGAACCCAGACAUGUUCAAACAGACUGCAAGGCUGUGGUCUCACGUCUAUGCAGACGCUCCUGUCUCCAGUCCCGACUACACACGCAAAAUAGAGAAACUCUGUGCCAUGGGCUUCGAUAAGAAUGCAGUAAUAGCGGCCUUGUCUUCAAAAUCCUGGGAUGUGGAAACGGCGACAGAGCUGCUCCUCAGCAACUGAAACCCAGCAAAGUGUGAGGAUCCCAAACUCCCUUCAUCAAAGCAUCAGCUCCACCCCGGCACCAUUCCACCAUUGCCUUUUGUUACGCAGACAGCACACCAUUCACCACAGCAGUCUGAGCCUUCUUUUAGAACAAGUUUGUUCGCUACAAGGUCAACACCAGUAGCACCACAAUCGCCAAUAUGCACACCACCCUGUUGCCUGUCUGCGUCUGUUCAUUAUGCUGAGUCUCUUCUGCCACUAUCUCAAAAUGUUCAUCCUUGUAUUAAGCCACCAAAAACAUUCAGUCAUGCAUCUUGUCUUCCAUGCCCUUUAGUCAUAUUGGCUCUAAAACUUUUUUUUUUUUCACAAAUUUGUGUUCCUUAAUAUUGCAAAGAAUGGAAUAACUGCCAUUGUCUGGAUUUUCCAGGGUAAAAUGUAAAGGAAAUCCUGCAGACUGCUCUCACAGUACAUCAGCAUCUACUCCUUGCAGCAACCAGUUGAUCCUUGUGUCAGAUUAUUCUCUUAUGUGGAGCAUUAAUGCUAUAAAGGUCUAGCUGGACUAAAUCAACUUGACCGGAUAGUGUUCUGCAGGAGCAGUGUGAUGGAUUUUUCCUGAACAGUUUAUCAUAGAUGCUUCAAUCAUCUGCAGAGGUUUGGAUGUACACAUUUUUUUCUCUGUACAAUUCGAAAAGAUCACUCAGAAGUCCUCAAACAUCUGCACACGUGCACAGAAGGAAAAACAGUUAUCUGUAAAUAGAUGCGUGUAAAUUUGAAAAUACAAUGGGGAUAUACUUUUUUUCUUACAUGGCAUUGUAAAACAAAUUAUUUUAAAUAUAAACUAUGCCUAGUUUACAAUUAUAUGGAGAGAUACCUUUUUAUGCUAUUGUGAUCCACGAGAAAUCCCUCUGAAUGUCCUGUUGUUUUUUUUUUUGUUUUUUUUUCCUUUUGCCACUUUGGCCCUAAUGGCAGAGGAGGUGACAGCCAGCUCAGGCCCCUGAAGGUCAUUACAUGCCACCUUUUCUGCUGCCCCACAGUCCAACCCUGUGUCUUUUGAUGUCCUUGCAUGUUUUGUGCUGCCUUUAUUUUAUUUGGCCAAAUGAUGUGGUGAUGGGGUGUCUGUUCGAUUUAACAUCCCUUCAGACUUGUGGAACUCGCGAGACUCUUUCUAAGCUGCGGAAAGAGACACGGAGAACCUCUGCUCGGCAAGCUACUCAAGCACGCCCACUUUGGCUUCAUAUCUGUAGGGAACCAAAGCCUUUUCUGUUGAUUUGACGAGUAUUGCUGGAAAAUGUUCUCCUCCGCUCUGAACAGAUUCGUCUGGCGCUGACAGGAGACACGCCUCAAGGAAGAAACGUGUGAUUCUCAAUGUCGUGUAGGAUUUGAGUUUGCAAUGCUGUGGUUUUGUUUUGAACUCAUUUCAGAGCAGUCGGUCUCAACCACAGGCACUGUUUUCAGCUGCAGGUUAAGGAUCCGCUCACCCUCUCAGUCCUGAUGUUGAUCAUUAAGAGGGGGGAGCGAUAUAGCUAAUCACUGAUCCAAUCCAGCAGUACGUAAUCGUAACUUUGGCCAUAGAGGUAUGUAAGUGACGUCCUAUAUUCUGCUUUACCACACAGCCAAAUAAAAUACUCAUUGAGGUUGUCUUUGAAUGAUGUUCUUAUGAGUAGUAAAAGAGGCUGGAACUCCUCUGUUAUCUUAUGAAGCAGAUAGUAGGCUUACACAGUGUUUUCACACAUUUUUUGAGGUCCAUGGACUGUAAAGAAAUGCUUAGCAUAAAGAGAAGUGGGGUGUUGAUGAAUCCUCACACAUGGCCUUUGUGUGUGUGUUUUUUUUAAAGAAACCAUCUUCCUUUUGCUUGCCCUCCAGCUCAGUCCCUACCAGCACAGUGGCAUAUUACAACAGUACAUGGAGUUAUCGUGCACCCUCUCCACUGACGGUGAACAGUGUCCAGUCAGAGCCAAAAAAAAUAAGAGUUCAUAGUCGGGGGUAGGAUGAUGCACACACCAUCUCCUAUACUUGUAAAUAGCCAGGUUCUUUAUAAAGAGCCAUCUCAUCACUAGUGUGCACCAUUGAUGGCUGGAUCUAUAUUUUGUAAGAAAAAGAAAGGACAAAAAAAGGAAAAGAGGCCCCCACUCCUCCCCAGUGUUCUCACUAUGUACAAUAUUGCACGAUGACGAAGCAUUAAAAAAAAAGGGGUUGUUGCAUCUCAGUUUCUCCAUUUGGAUUGAGACUUAUUUUCCUCUUUUGUUUCCUUGGAAGCAAGCAUCAGCAGUAUAAAAAGCAUGGUUAUUUAUUGUGACAGUGUCAUGUUUCUUUGAUUAAAAAAAAAGUGGA